CAUUGCAUGACCCCAUCAACACAAAUUGUAGAUACUUGAAUAAGUAUGAAAUUGAAAGUGAAAGAAAGUAAAUGGACAAAUUCGUUGGACGGAAGGAAGUUUUGUUUUAGGUUGAACAUUACACAAGUGCCACAGCCUGUGAAAGUAGUGCAUGUGAUAAAGAUACUUAUGGACAGGGUGUAGACUAAUACAAAGAAAGAAUCAUGUGUUAUCUGUAAGAUAAGUUGGAGAGAAUGUCAGAAACAUUUGAAGGAUAUCUUUGUCCUAUGACAUUUCGACAAAUUGAGCCCAAAAUGGAUGACCCUUUUCCUCGCACACUGGGGAAUCGUGCUAUGCAUUCAUUAUCUCUGCAGAGGCACCUGCAUGAUCAAAUGCAGUCCAACUCGGAACUCUGUGAUGUAAUCCUAGUAGUGAAUCAAGUGGAAAUCCGAGCUCACUGGAGCGUGCUUGUGAUGUGUCCCUACUUUCAAUCUUUGUAUGACAGUGGGCUAAAGGAAAGAAUGUCUGGGAAGAUUAACCUUCUGAUUGGCAAAACACCAGCAGUAAGGGUAGCCAUAUCUUUCCUGUACACCGGAGAAGCAGAGAUUACCUAUGAGACAGUCAAAGACAUAUUAGAAGUGGCAGACUACUUCCAGAUCAACGAAUUAAAGUCAUGCUGCCAAAGUUAUCUAGAAAGCAUGACCAUGACGGUCGAAAACUGUGUUCAAAUGUGCUUACUGUGUAGUUUGUAUAAUCUGGAGUUUUACAACAAGGUGUUUGAAUUCCUUAGAGGGCACCUGCCUGACAUCAUGCAACAAGAGGAUGCACUGACCUUGACCUCAGAAUCUGUGAUGUCACUGUUGACUGAUCCAACCCUGUCUUAUGUGGAGCAGAAGCAGUUCUAUGAAUUCAUCAUUAAGUGGUCCGAAUUUGACUUGGAGAAUCGAGAGGCAUUCUUUCCUGAUUUGUUUUGCUCGUUGGACCUGCAGAAGAUCCCUAGGAGUGUUCUUGAGAAUGAAAUUGAGGGAAAUCCCCUUGUGAAGAAGGACAAGAGAUGUCAGGUGCACGUAUUGAACAUCAAGAUGAAGUACAUCACAGGACUGAUCAAGGAAGAUGAUGGAGUAAGGGAGGCAAUUCUGGUUGCAGGAGGAUGUAGCCAAGUAAUGUUUGCCAGCAUUUUUAGCAUUCUACCAUUCAGGGAGUCCUUGGCUGUCAAAAGUCUGCUGGGAUACAUCUUAGCAGAAGACAGAUGGAUAGAGUUAGCCCCACUUCCCCAUCAGAUGCAACAGGCUAUCAUGACUUUUUGUUCAAAAAAGAAUUGCUUGUACAUCUUUGAUCAAGGAAACCAAAGCUUUUCUUCUAGAGUGUUUAUUUAUAAGUUUGAUUUGGAGGAAACCAAAUGGACUAGCUUCUUAUUGGAGCUUCCUGAAAAUCACAUCAGUGGCUCGCUUCAUACCAUAGUGGCAUGUUCUGGAAAACUGUUUGCAGUUAUAUCUUGCCAUAUUAUUCAGAAAGGUGGACAAAAUGUGCAGUGGAGUACAUUCCUAAUGGAGGUGAAAGAAGACGGCACCAAAUCAGAAAUCAAGAACCAUUUAUUUCAACGCAAUGAAAACACAAGUGUGGUAGCAUGUGUUAUGCAAGACAGAAAGAUUUGCAUUUUAGCAACUAAAGUAGGAGCUAUUCCUAGGAGGAAGGGGAGAUCAACAAAAUUUUUUGUGUAUGAUGUGGCUUUGAAUAGGAAAUAUGAAUAUUCCAGAGGAGUAAAUUGGGAUAACUUGAUGUUUGCGGCGGGUGAUGAGAUUGUGGUUACCAGGAUGGGGAAAUUCUCGUGCAUGAAAUACUCCAUGACCACUCGAAAAUGGAGACAUGUAAAAGAACAAUUCUUGCCAUUCCCAACUCAACCCUUUGAAAGCACCGACUUCAGCUCAAUUUCAGAUGGCAGCAAUUUCUACGUCUUUGGUGGCAAAGGUGUUAAAAGCAUGGAAUCCGUAGCCGAAGCUAUGUGUUACAAUUAUGCUGAGAAGAAGUGGAAAAAACUUCAAGAACUGCCCCAACCACUGCGACAGGGUGCAACCUGCUGCAUCCAGUUACCUAGCAACCUUGCAAAAUGCCACAUCAAGUGCCCCCAUUGCAUUUUCUUCCCAAGUCGCAGCAGGGCCAAGUAUGACGUCCAUUAUCAGAGAGAGGAAGAUGAUGACGAAUAUGAUUAUGAUGACGGUAGUGGGUACACCUUUGAUGACGACUACGUCUCAGACGGGCUUUGGAGUGACGGAGUUCCAGAUUAUUUGGAUGAUGACGAAUACGAUGACUAUGAAAAUUGGUUUAUCUGACUUCUUAUGAAAAUAAGGGACAAUCCAGUUCAAUUUCAUUCAGUAUUUGAAUUUAAAGUUUAUAUCUGUGCCAUGUGUUUGACGUUCUGUUCAUACUUGCAUUUAUUUCAAGUUCAGUGAUUCUUGUAGAGAAGGGUUUUUUAAAUAAAAACCAUUAUAUUACCACAAGGACUUGAUGUUAAAAACAUUUCUUUUUAAAAGCAAAGAUUUUUUUCCAUGAUAAAUAACAUUAGCAUUGUGUAGAGAAUUUAAACACCGCUGAAAAGAAAUGAUUUUAAUGUAAGAGAGCCUCUGUAUAUAACAUGAUAAUGUAAAUACAUGUAUUGUAGUUUAAAAGAACUUUUUAGAAAAAAAUACUGUGAACAAUGUUUUUUUUCUGUUUUUCAGGUUAGUCUAAGUAGCUAUUAGUAUAAAACUGAUAUUAAAGUGAUUUUAAAAGGAUG